AUGUCGAUCGUUGAAGGGAUUUUUGUUAAUGGUGUAACUGAAGCAUUAAAGAAACUGGUUCCUAUUAUUGGCAAGGAGAUUGUUUUAGCAUGGGGUGUAAAAGAUAAACUGAAAAAGCUUCAAAAGACUGUACAGAUGAUUCUUGUUGUAAUCGCUGAUGCUGAGAGGAAACAACUGAAUGAUGCAGCUGUAGGUCUUUGGUUGAGAAGGCUUAAAGAUGUUGCUUAUGAUGCAGAUUUUGUUUUGGAUGAGUUUUCCUACGAAACCAUGCGUAGGUGUGAAAGAGGGAACCGUUUGAAGCAUAAGGUAAUGGAUUUCGUUUCGUCUUCAAACAACCCACUUGCUUUUGGUUUCAAAAUGGCUAAGAAAAUUAAGAUUAUUAACAAAAGAUUGGACGAAAUUACUGAAGACAUGAAGAGGUUUCAUUUGCAAGAUGCAACAGACAAUACUUUUAUGGUUCAUGGUGGUAGUAGUGAGCAAAGAAGCCGACAGACUGCGUCAUCUAUGAAUGAAUCAGACAUCAUAGGACGGGAUGAUGAUAAGAACAGAUUAGUAGAUAUUUUAACACAGGUCAUUCCAUCAUCAACAUCACCUGAUACCAAUCCUGAAAAUGUUUCAGUGGUUUCCAUAGUGGGGAUGGGGGGACUUGGGAAAACAAGUAUAGCCCAGGUUGUCUACAAAGAUGAGAUGGUAAAUAAACUUUUUGAGCUAACAAUGUGGGUCCAUGUAUCUGCAUAUUUUGAUUUGGAAAAGCUCUUAACAAAAAUUAUGGAGUCCUCAACUCACAAUAAAUUUGAUGCUCCAUCAAACUUCUCUGUACUAGUAAGUAAAGUUGAAGAACAACUAAAUGGGAAGAAGUAUUUGCUAGUACUUGACGAUCUAUGGAACGAGAAUGCUGAGGAAUGGGAGAGACUCUACAGUCAGUUGCUUGUUGGUGCUCAAGGGAGUAAAAUAUUAAUCACUACUCGUAAAACUCAGGUUGCAGAUGUUGUGAAGGGAAGUAUUCCUCCAUACAAAUUGGAAAAAUUGCAGGAUGAUGAAUGUUGGUCUAUUAUUGAGAAGAAAGCAUUUUCUCCCGGCGGAGCUCUAAAGACAGCAAACGUGACAAGUAUAGGGCGAGAAAUAGCGAAAAGAUGCAGCGGUUUACCACUUGCAGCAAAAUUCCUAGGAGGUCUAAUGCGAUCAAGAAAUAAAGAAGUCAAUUGGUUGUCUAUUCUAGAAAAUGAUAUUUGGAGAACACCAGAAAGUCAAAGCACGAUCAUGCCGAUUCUAAAAUUGAGCUAUGAUAACUUGUCGUCAGAGUUGAAACAAUGCUUCUCCUACUGCUCUAUAUUUCCCAAGGAUUGGGAGAUAAAUAGAGUAACAAUGGUUCAGUUGUGGAUAGCAGAAGGAUUUUUGGACACUUGUAAUGUGGGAAACGGAAGAUCUAUCUAUUGA